CAAUAUUUACCAGGUAGGAUUUUAUUUUACAUGAUUCUUCCUGCAGAUGUUACCGGGAGGGCAAGAUUAGCUGAUUUUGGCAUAAGCAGACGCUUACUCAAAGGCCAAACAACUUUACGUACACGCAGUGCAGGAACCAAAUGCUGGAUGGCCCGAGAGACUUUAGCAGAAGAAUCUGUGAUAUCAUACAAGUCAAGCACAGACAUCCAGGUUGCAGGCAUGCUGGUUUAUUAUAUCCUCUCUGGAGGCCACCAUCCAUUUGGCAAAUCCUUUGAAUGCGAGUCCAACAUUUACUAUGGGAAGUACAGUUUGGAUCAUGUUCAAGAUGUGGUGGCAAAGGAUCUCAUUGAGUGGAUGAUCAACAAAGACCCAAAGGACAGACCCAAAGUAGAAGAAUGCUUAAACCAUCCCUUCUUCUGGACUUCUGAAAAGAAAACUGAAUACUUGAGAAAGAUCGGUAACAGAGAUGAUGUCGCAAACUAUAAAAAGGCUGAACAGGAGCUGAUUGAUUCUGUAGAAAAAUGUGCUGUGGACGGAUCCUUUAAGCAGUGGAAAAAUAAGGUGACUGUAACAUCAAAUAUCAAAUGUCUAGAUUCCUAAAAUCCGCUUCAUAA